AUGUCCUAUAACAUCGGCGAUAUAGGAACGGCGUUACAAUGUAUUACCUCCUCAUCGGAGCAAGAAACCAAGAAGCAAGCUUUGCAAUUUUUGGAGCAUUUUCAGAAAUCUCCAGAAGCUUGGAAUCUAUGCCACGAGGCCUUGGCUUCGAAUGGCGGCCAAAUCAGCCUUGAGCUUCAGGUGUUUUCAGCCCAGACAUUAAGAAAUAAAGUCACUUAUGACCUUUCGCAACUAGAUGGCCAUUUGUUUACUUUCAAAGAUUCUCUGCUACAGCUCAUCACUCAACAUUCCCAGAAGUUGAUCGUCACACAGUUAUCGGUGGCGCUAGCAAGGCUUGCUAUCCAGUUUCUUGAAUGGAGAGAGCCUAUUGCCGAAAUAAUUGGGAGUCUGAGGCAGUUCCCUAGCAAAUUACUUGAAUUUCUUAAAAUUCUGCCCGAGGAAACCCUGGACAUCAAAUCCACCCCAUUAAGCGAAGACGAGUUUCGGUCAAGAACGCAUGAACUUAUUGAUCAAAUUGCCGGGGACGUCUUGCAAUAUUUGAUAAGCGCAGCCGAAAGCUUACGCUCAGGCUCAACUGAAGUUUCAGUGUCUCAACUGCUCAACUGCGUCAACUCGUGGGCCUAUGAAAUUCCUAUAGAAGAACUACUUUCUGUUAACACCUUGAUGUCCUUGAUAUUUCACGCUCUCAACCAAGGGGAGGAAAGUGACCCCGAAGUGUUCGAUGUCGCAGUUGAGUGUAUGUGCACAGUCUUGAAGGAAACUCGAGAUGUUCCUAGUGAGGCGGUAAUAAAGGCAUUAUACGAACAGCUUGUAUCGAUGCAGACCACGCUACUGCCUGUCGAUCAAAUCUCUGACUUCGAAGACUAUGCUGAGGUUAUGGACGGAUUGACACGUGUUUUUGUAGAGGCAGGAGAAGCCUGGUGCAUUCAUAUCGCAAAGAAUCCUCAAAUUUUCAAACCUUUGGUAUCUGUUUUGCUCCUGCUAACAUGCAAAAACACAGAUCUGGAUGUAGUCAAGUACACAUUUCCGUUCUGGUUCAAUUUGAAACAAAUGCUUGUUCUGCCACGCUUCAAAGACCAAAGAGCCGCUUAUCAGGACAUUUUUACUGAGCUAGUGGAUGGAAUUAUUACACAUCUGCACUACCCAACUGGUUCUUUCUCCUCGAGGGAGGAGGAGGAUAAAUUUAGGGACUUCCGUUACGAUAUGGGAGGUGUCUUGAAAGAUUGCACGGCAGUUGUUGGCUCGGCCACCGCCCUCAGUCGCCCUUAUGAAAAAAUAACCAAUGCUCUAAACGAACCCAAUCCUCUGGCUAAUUGGCAGAACUUAGAAGCUCCCUUGUUUUCUCUCAGGACGAUGGCUCAAGAAAUAUCUAAAAACGAGAACGUCGUCUUGCCCCAACUAUUUCGCCUCCUUUGCACACUUCCAGAGCACCCUAAGGUGAGAUACGCGACCACACUAGUUUUGGGAAGGUAUACUGAAUGGACCUCAAAACACCCCGAUUUCCUUGAAAUGGAACUCAACUACAUUUUCAAUGGCUUCCAACAUGCCAAUGGAAGUAUUGAAAUUCUUACAGCUUCUUCGCACGCUUUGAUGUAUUUCUGCCAGGAUUGUAGUUCCCUGCUCAGCGGUUUUGUCAGUCAAUUAAUCGAAUUUUACUGGAAAAUUGAAACAAUGGUGGAAAGCGAGUCGCUCUUCGAAGUUUGCCAAGGACUCAGUUGCGUCAUUGAUCGGCAGACUGAUGAUCAAGUCGGCGCAUCUUUGGAGCUCUUUUUGAAACCUCAUCUUUCUAAACUUGUCGAUGCAGUUUCGGUAUGGAAAGCUAAUAAUAACGACAAGAAAGCAACGGCUGAAGUGUGCGGAAAGAUAGAUCUAAUCUUUGCAAUUUUUGAGGAGCUGAAGCCUCGUUAUGAAACUCCAGAGCAAGGCAGGGAACCAUUGCAGCCCUACAUCUGUACCAUUUGGGAAACUCUCGAGAGCCUGCUAGUGAACCAAGAAGCUUUUAAUAACCCUGAUGUGGCGGAGAUAGCUAUGAAGUGGGUUCGCAAAGUUGCAUUGAACUUCCACAUAUUUAUUGCUCCAAUAUUGCCAUCAGUUGCCAAUUUCCUUGCUCAGAGCUACGCGUCAACUGGUUUCGGAGUUUAUCUCUGGUGUUCAGGGUCAAUUAUAGCUGUUUUUGGUGACGAUGAAUCCUUCCCUAUCGAUCAACAAACUAAAGAGGCUGUGUGGGAAUUUACUUGCACCCAAUGUGUGACAUUCAUGAAUAACUUCACAGGUAUUGAAGCAACAAAACUAGAAUCGUAUCAUGAGGCUAUUCAAGACUUUUUCAUGAUGAUGACCGAUGUUGUAAUGUUUUUCCCUGACAGGUUUGUGACAUCUGACAUAUUAUUAUCACCGGUGUUUUCGAUCGGUUUAAACUGCGUUACAAAGAUCACCAACUAUGACGCAUAUAUCACGAUCGUGCGCUUUUUGGAUGAUGUCUUAUCCUGGGGAUUUGAAACGCCUCCUAUAUCAACUGCAACAUUAGAUGUUGUACCCGAACAAUGGAGGCAAAAAAUCCUCACAGAAGUUGUUCAAGCACAGGGCUCGCUUUUGGUGCGCACGCUUCUAAUCGGACUUGUUACAAACUUUAGCUCAGAUGCCCAUCCAGAUGCCAUUGGAUGUCUUGUCAAGUGCUUGAGGCUCUGCCAGGAUUGUUCCGCUAACGAUCCGACAGUGUCUUUAGGAUGGUUAAACGAAGCCAUGGAUACUUUGGGUAACGUCUCCGCACAAGAAAGGACAAAUCUCGUUUCAACAGUUGGAAAUGCGCUUCCACAAAAGGACAUGAGGAGGGUGCGGACAGGUUUGAAAGAUUUUGUCAGCUGGUACACAAGGAAGAAUGUAUCGCCGAGACUCUACAAAUAG